AUUUUUUGUGACAUAAUAAAACUAUUAACUAAUAAUUAUAGGAAUGGCAAGGAGACCAAAGGUCACCUUGAUCAAAGGAAAGAAUGUAUUCUACCUUCUUUAUUUUAGUUUUGUGUGUGUGUGUUUAGGAAAAAAGAAUGAAUCAACUCUUUUUUUGUUAUGAUUCAUGUCUCUUAGAAGAAAAAAAGAUUUGUAAUGGGGGCUUAGUUAUAGAAAUCUAAUUGUGUCGGUUUCAAUAUUGCAAUGCUAGAAAUCUCCAUUCCUCACUGAGUUUUCCAUGCCUGGAGCUAUUUUUCUGGAGUUACAGGAAAGGGGAGUUCCCUCAUCCGCUAGUUCCCACAAGUGGCAGCUGCAGCACCACUCAGCCUCACCUCUACCCCCAGGUGGCCCCAAAUCUCCUCUGAAAAGCUUGGGUUCAGAUAUCAGAAGCAACCUUGAAGGGAUGGAGAGAGCCUGGAAGCUUAGAUCAUAUAUCAUGAGGCAGGACCAGGUUGUCCUCAAUGCAAAAUAACAGAGAAGUAGUUAGCAGAAAUUGUCCUAUUUAGGGUUAGGUCAACCCCAGGCAUAAGCCACAACUCUCAAGAGCUCUUGGAUUAGUCAUAGCAGUGAAGAAAAGGAACACUGAGCAGUGCCUGGCAGGGAGUCUGGAGUUUCUGGUUUGGAAGCUCAAGAAGGCGUGAGGCAUGGGAGGGGCCUCCAGGUAGGGGAGGGCACAUAGCUAGGCAGGGCUCUAGUGAGUUAUGCAGCAGAGCUGUGCUAUAGCAGAGGCAACCAGGACACGGGACACGAAGACACCAAGAGUCUCCUGAAACUCAGGAGAGUGAAGACACUCUUGACUACCCAAGAUACCACUCCUGCUCACUUGUCGUUGUGAGGCUUCUACUUGUCCUGUACCCAACAGAUGGAGGCACUAAUAGGAACAAAAAUUGGUUGCCUGUUUGUCCUUCUGUUUCUUACCCUGGGCUGUGGCCUUAUUCCUAUCUGCUUCAAAUGGUUCCGGAUUGAUGCAGCUACAGGUACAGCCCUACUCCAUCUUUUUCCCUUUAACCUUAGUCUCACACUGUCCUGAUUCCUGGCUCUAAUUCUCAGCAUUCUCAAGCUCAAGAUACUUGAAUACAGCCUUGUUUACCCUUUAGUCACCUUUGUUUGUCUCCUUACUGCCAAUUGGAUUGUAACUUCUGCUUUUUUAUAAGGUCGUCGCCACCAGGUCCUCAGCCUUCUGGGCUGCAUCUCUGCUGGUGUUUUCCUGGGAGCUGGGUUUAUGCAUAUGACCACUGAAGCCCUGGAGGGAAUUGAAUCAGAGAUCCAGAAGUUUAUAGGACAGAACAGUACAGAAAGUAAAGGAAAUUCUUCUGAUACUGCUGAUUCCACUCAUGUGGAGUAUCCCUAUGGAGAGCUUAUCAUCUCCCUUGGCUUUUUCUUGGUCUUCCUUUUGGAGUCACUUGCAUUCCAGUGCUGUCCUGGGGCUGCUGAAGGAUCAACACUGCAGGAGGAGGAAUGGAGUGGAUCUUCUGUUUUUGGAUUCCACAGCCAUUCACCUCUACCCUCACCCCCACGGGGUCCCCUUCGAGCCCUUGUCCUCUUGCUCUCACUCUCCUUUCACUCAGUGUUUGAAGGUCUAGCUGUGGGGCUACAGACAACAAUAGCAGCUACCAUACAACUCUGUGUUGCUGUCCUGGCUCAUAAAGGUCUUGUAGUGUUUGGUGUAGGACUUCGGCUGGUGAAGUUAGGCACUGGAUCACAGUGGGCUGCAUUUUCCAUACUGUCAUUAGCUCUCAUGUCCCCCUUAGGCCUAGCUUUAGGGAUGAGUGUGGCUACUGGGGAUUCUGAAGGAGGUCAGGGCUUAGCCCAAGCUGUAUUAGAGGGUGUGGCAGCUGGCACAUUCCUGUAUGUCACCUUCCUAGAAAUUCUACCCCGGGAGCUAGCUGGUCCUGGUGCCCCUCUGACUAAGUGGUGCUGUGUGGCUGCUGGUUUCACCUUCAUGGCCAUUAUUGCCUUAUGGGCCUGAAAGAGUCCUGCUUGCUGUGAUAGAGCUAUCUAAGAGGACUCCUCCCUACCACCAAGAGACAACUCUCUGUGGCUUUGGCCCUCAGACUUUUUCUUUCUUGUGAGACUAAAGAACAUUCACAAGCGGUUUCACUCCCCAGGGACUGGACCCUACCUUUUAUCUACCUAAGAAGCCAUUUGUCACUCAGAACUGAGUAUGGAAUAUUUAGAUUCUAUGUUUAUGUGGAGAACUGAAAAAAAUGCCAUCAUUUCAGAUUUGACUUUUCUCCUGUUUAUGCUGCUAUGUGUGAAUAAAAUGCC